CAGCUUUGCAGCAGGGGUCCUUCGAGCUAACGCUAAUGUUUGUUAGCUCAGUCGCAGCUAGCAGCUACGUGCGCAGUCAGUCGUCGGAACAAACAUGGUGUUGUUGGUUUCUCUCUGUUGAGAAUGAGCCCGAAAGAAGUCAGAUCUCAUUUAGCCCGAGUCCUGGAGGUCUGAUCCAAACAGAGCACCCGGAGCCGUUGUUAGAUGUCACAUAGAGACGCGGGAGGAUUUGAACUACUUAGCUUCUUCUACAGCGGGAUGACCUGACGACAUCUUGCUACUUUGACCUCCUCCACCACCCCAGCUCUGUCGGGUAAAAACUCACCUCCACCUCACAUCUGCAAACGCCUGGAUCGACUCGCUCUCUGCUGGAUCCUCUUCCUCCACACCCCUCCUACAGCCCUGUUUUGAUCUGUCCUGUCUCCCCAUUCACAAAUCAGAGACCAUGUAUUGCCUCCAGUGGCUCCUCCCUGUGCUGCUCAUCCCCAAACCGCUGAACCCGGCGCUGUGGUUCAACCACUCCAUGUUCAUGGGCUUCUACCUGCUCAGCUUCCUGCUGGAGAGGAAGCCCUGCACCAUCUGUGCCUUGGUCUUCCUUGCCGCCCUCUUCCUCAUCUGCUACAGCUGCUGGGGCAACUGCUUCCUGUACCACUGCCAGGACGCUGCGCUGCCGGACGCCGCACAGGACCCGUCCAUCGUCGGGACCUAGUAGAGAGGAUGGGGGGGAGGGGGGAGACAUCUCAGAAAAGGAGUGAGGGAGGGAGAGUGGAGGGUGAUACUGCCAUGCUGGAUGAGCGGAAAAUACUGAAACUGUUCGGCCAAGAGUGGAACGGAAGAGGAGGAGAACGCCGCUGUGGAGGACUGUAAAGGAAGAGACUCAAGUUUAAGAUGGGAGGAGGCGGACGGAACGUUUGAGGAGACAUUUAGAGGAGAGGAAGGAGGAGCAUCCAAAUGUCGUAGACGUUUGGGAACAUUUUGUGUCUGGCAUAUGCAUAAACCUGGUCGAUUAACACACACACACACACACACACACACACACACACACACACACACACACACACACACACACACACACACACACACACACACACACACACACACACACACACACACACACACACACACACACACAGAGUGACAGCUGUGUUUCAGUAUUCUCGUUUCUCUCUAACCCUCGGACUCGUUUACUUCCAACUGCUCCGUAAAACACGACAGGUCAUAUUUUCAACCUCAAACUUCCAUAUUCUCACACACACACAAGGACGCUCCUCACAACCACACACACACUGCUGCAGUUUGUUCACAUGCAUUACACGCCAUGAAGUGUUACAGGAUAGUUUGCAUCUUGUCGUUUUUUUUUCCCCCAAAGUUCGAGGGAGUCACCUGACCAAUCUCUGCCGCCAUUUUGGCUCUGCACACGCCAUAUUGCCCUGACCCAGGGUAGCACACACACACACACACACACUGGACAAUCGAUAACUAUGCUGUGACUAACUCCUCGUGUGAAGGUGAAGAAAUACUGAGACUGUCCCGUCUUCUUCACCCUCACCGCGCUCGCCUCCUCCUCCUCUGAGUGAACGCCCCGACCGCCACACUCAACGUUUACUUUCUUCUUUGCUGUUUUCUCUUUUCGUUCGUUUGUGUUUCUCGUGCAUGGGUUGCUGUUUAUUUUUUCAAGGUUCACAGAAAUUUUAAACGAUUAAAAAUUGCUGAAAGUGUGUGUGUGUGUGUCCGUUGUGACAACGACACGCUGAUAGAAAACUUGGAGACGCACGAGGCGAUCGCACCGUCGGUGUUCUCAGCGACAUAAAGCAAUACGGAGCUCUGCUGGUCGAGAAAUCAAACAGUCACAAUCAGACGAGAGACGCCGCCGCUCCGUUUCCUCCUGCGUCUCUGCUCCACGUGUUCAGCUGUCAGACAGACGGAGGUGUUUAUACCGUUAGUGUGUGCGGGCGUGUGGACUCCUGUCGCAGUGCUGAACACGGUAACUGCUGCAUUAUUGCUUUGGUUUUAAUUUAAAUAAAGUUUUUUCCUCUCAAAGUGUU